GAGCCCCUUAGGCCAGAGGAAGUUCUGUAUCAGGACAGUGUUCUGCACUAUGACGACACCGGGAAGUGGAAGGAGAGGUUUGUGGUGAUGAGAGCCAAUCACAGCUUGGAGUGUCAUGACAACCAGGAGAGCUUCAGUAAAGGUGUUCCGGCCAGACAGAGACUCCUGCCAACAGGGGGCGUAGUUCUGACAUCAGAGGACAAGUACUCAGCGCUGGUGGACAAGGCCUUCCCUGACCCUAAAUGUUUGAAGGAGGAGACAUCUCCCCCCAUGGUAGUGGUACCUUCCGGUCAGUUCCCUGUCUACCUCAGACUGCCCUGA